GGCACGACGUCGCGUCGUAGAAACUCACGAUGCGUUCCUGUGUCAGUGCCACAGUUGUUAUUCAAAAUUCAAAGAUGACGGACGCUAUUGAAGUCGAUCAUUUAAUAACGCUAGUCGAGCAGCGUCCCGUGCUAUGGGACAAAACAUCUGAAGAAUAUAAGAAUAAAAAUAUCAAAACAACAGCAUGGACAGAGGUGUGCGAAAAUUUAUUUCCUGGUUUUCAAGAAUUAAAUAAUCAAGAAAAAACUAAAUUUGGUAAUGCUGUGGUAAAGAAAUGGACUGGUAUUAAAGAUAACUAUGCCAAGUACGUAAAAAAACUUAAAGAAAUAAAUAAAUCUGGAGCAGGCGCUAAAAAACUUAAGGAAUAUCAUUUAUAUAAACAGCUCCUUUUUUUAAACAGAAAUGAUCAAAAUGAAACCGAUAGUAGCAUAAUGGAUGAAGAAACAAACUAUCAGAACACACAAAAGGAAAGUCCAAAAAGAAAAUUUAAAAGUCCGUCAGGCGCCUUUCCAGCACGAAAAAAGAGAAUUAUCGAUACAUUUGAAGAACAGAUUUUGUCAAAAUUAGAAGAGCCCGAAAACAGACAUUUAUCUUUUUUUAAAGCGAUAUUGCCAUCUUUGAAUAAACUAAGUGAUCAUCAAACAUUAAUUUUUCAAAGUCGGGUCUUACAAGUUUUAACGGAUCUACACGAACCAUCACAUCAAUAUUAUCCACAGAGUAACUAUCCAUCUUCGUACCAGGGUAACUAUGAAACACAAAGACCCCAAAGUUUAUGGCGAAGUGCGUGCCAAGGCGGUUACCAAACAACCGGUAGUUCGUCACAGUCUACCCAAGAAGCAACACCACCACCAGCUGCCACGCAUGGCCGAAGCGAAGAGAGCGAAUUUGAUGAUCAUUCGAGGACAUCACUUGAACCAGAGUCACCCCUAACACUUUACGACUUUUCUUAAAAAAGGAAUCUAAAGGUGUAAUCACGGUGUAAUGUUCAGUUAAUAAAAAACUUGAUUUUAUUGUUUCCUUUAUAAAAAAUGAUUAAUUAAUAAUAAUUAAUGGGGACCAAUACGGUGACUCCUUCAAAGCUCGUAGUGAUAAUCGGUAUAACGAAACCAAAGGGUAAAAUUAAAAUAAAGCUUAUUCUGUUAGCAACUUAAUUUUCAAAAAUUGUUGUUACUAGUGUCGUUGAUUUG